CCCGUUUGGGGUAAAAUGUCGAGAUCUUCUCGUUUCUAUUCGCGGUGACCAGCUUGACGAGUCGUAUCACAAUCUCACCGAUUGACAUGUUUGGCUCAAGAAAGCAGAUCGACGCAGACACGGCGCUGGCAAAGUUUCAGGACGGCAAACGAGAGUCUCUUCGUCGUCUACGCUCCCUGCACACGGCACACGAUUUGGCCACGACUGAUCGCAUGAAAGCUGUCUAUAGGAGCAACUACUCUCUUAUAUACUACCUCUUUCAUGAGUCUUUUACGGCACUCGAGUCGUUGUUGAAACCGAGAGGUGGGAGAGUCAGACAGCUGAAUGAAACUCAGCAGGAAGAUCUCUAUGACGUUGUGUUGUUGACUCUGGAGCGUAUUCUCAUUUACAUUCCUGAACAAGUGCAGCGUAGGUGGCAAGCCAACAGCAUGGGUCUUGUGAUCAGGAAAUUACUACACGAAGGCAAUCAAAUGAAGCUGCGUCGAAAAGCUGUCCAGUUCAUGCUGUUGUGGAUACAAGACUUACAGACGAAUACAUCUGCUGACAUUCUUGAGCUCUUUGGUCUGAUAGUUCCCGGUGUUAAUUUGUCGACUCUGAGUGAAAGCACAGAACCUUCAUAUCCAGUUUUGCAAACAGAAAUUGCGCCCAUUUUGCCUGCCGUGGAGGCUCCAACUGAUGAGACUACGAAAGAGUUGCUUAACUGUGUUUUGCAGGGAAUUAUGUAUGAGUUUCAGCGCAUUUUCUGGGAUUCUGUUGAUCAACGAGUGCGAGGCUUUGUGUAUCUCUUCGAACAAUUUAAAGCCUACUACAUCAAGCCUCUUUUCCAAGACAUGGAACAAACACCCAGUGUUUAUAACCAAGCAGUUGAUAUUGCCAUGUUGCCGGUGAGAUCGGAGUCUGUACCUUCCGGCGGCUUUGCAAUGCAGCACACGUUACAAGACAUGAUCAUUCGUUGGUUUCUUGAUCAGUUGACAGCUCGUCGAGUUCCGAGAGCUCAACUGGAGAACUUAGAAGGACAGUUAAUGAGUCCAACAACUCCGAAUACUCCGGGAAUGACGGAGUCUUCGUUUGGUUUUCAGUUGACGGGCGAUCUGUCGUUGCUGUCGAAGGAGCGGAAGGCGGUAAAUGCUCGGAGGUUCUUGAGGCAGGUUCUGAUGUCGAAGAAGGAUAAUGUCAAUCUGGUGCAUUGUAUCUUUCGUCAGGGAUUUCAUCUUCCUCUAACGUAUCUGGACACAAUUAAAAGCCUCGUUGCAUUGUAUCAGAAAUGGAUCCAGGAGCCGACUGCUCGGCCACGGUUUAUGCAAGAGCCAGAGAGACAGAAAGAUGUUAUUGAUGGUUCUAAUUCUGAUGAAGUGCAGCCACUCAUCUCUCCUCUGACGCACACAUCAGAUUCGUUUGUGACUGCUCCUCAGUCGUUGGACACUGUAGUAGAGGCUGACGAGUCAUCUUUGUGUAAGAGUGAGUCUGUGUCUGGUGGGCUUGCGUCCACGUCAAUGGGUGCUGAAAACGAGUCUUUGAGAGACGACGAGAGUGAAGUGUGGAAGAGUGAGAGCGCUGAGGCGGUUGACAUGUCGACUGACCUUGAAACGGAAAUGACUAUAACAGCAACUGGGGAUGCAUCUUCAUUAACCAAUAUGUCAUGCGAUGAUCAGAAACUCGACACAAGCCAGGAAGACAUUGUGAUUGCCGAAGCUGUUAAAGAUGCGAAUUUAGCGUCUUCUGUUUCUGAGUCUAAACGAGGAUGGACUGAAGACGUUAGGGCUGGUUUGCAGAGUAAUCUACGUUUGUUUAUUACCAACGUUGCGACUGUGUUUACCAUCCAAGUGCCUGCAGAGUUUCUUGAUAAUCAGGUGGAUCUCAUCAGUCAUCAUGUACUUCAGUUUCUACAAAUGCUUGCCAGAGAUGUGGCGCUAGAUCAAUGCACAUGGGAGCACAUGCUUGCAACUCUCCUUCACAUCACACAGGCCGUCUUAAAAAUGUGUGAUCCUGAAUCACAACAGGCCACUCUGGCCAGUCGGACAGCAUCAAACCUACUAAAAACUUUGUUUGUUUCGUGGGUUCGUGCUAAUCUUUUUGUUUCUGUGUCGACGACAUUAUGGAAUGAUCUUCUCGAGGUUUUGUCAUCACAAACUCGGUGGAUACAAGUUGUGUUGGAGUGGAAAAAAAUCAUGGUGAUACUAACACGGUUGUUGGCAAAGCAUCUUUAUAAUCUGGACAUGAACAAACUUCCGCUGGACGUUUUGAAGCAGUCGGCUCGUCGAGGAAAGGAAACAACGGCUAUCAAUUCUGACCCGUCCAGAAAACGUACUUCAUUUGUUACAGGACUUGCCUACCUAAACACGGACAAACUGAUGCAAGUAGAACAUCUAAACGAGUCGGGUAAUAGGACUCGUGCCAGGACGACAGCAGCACAGACGUCUGCUUCAUCAAGUAAUGAAGACCCAGUACAAGCUGCUGCUCGGCAAGCUAUGCGGAAGGCAAAACAAAGAGAUGGGAAAGCAACAGAACGACAACAAACAGAAGAAUUCAGGAAGGGAAGAAGCAGUUCAGCUUCUGAAGCAGAAAUGCUGUCUGUGUUUCCGCAGAAUUUGGAUGAAAGUAAACUGAAAAGUGGGAAUUCGAUUGAUUUGUUUCCUAAACAGUCUACUAUGUCACUGCCCUCAUUACAAAGGCGGGUAACUAUUUCUAACCCUGAUGUGGCUGACUCUGGUCGGCCUGUUGUAGUACGUCGGAAACUUCCUUCAACGCCGUCAGAAGAUGACAAAGGCAAGUCGCCUCCUCGUCUAAUUGAUUUGGCGAGUAUAGACACAGACGGCGGGACAUCUAAUGAAACUUCUAAUGUAAAAAAACAGGGAAAUUCUCUUACUCUAACAGACAAACGUCAACGAUUCAAUGAAACAAUAUCAGUGACUAUUGAUGUAGGAGCAUUAGAAAGGGAUAAUGAACUUUUAGCAUCAAGAUAUCGUGACACUAGAGCUAAAUCAGAAGGAACGCUUCACAACACAUGUGACGCCAAGGAGACACAAAGUUUGUUGUUGCAGUCUGUUUUAGAGGAGCAGCCAGGUGAAACAGUUGUGGCAUCUGCUGGUACAUCACCAUGGCAACAGACUUCUGAAACACAAUCACAAGCACAAGAUGGUAGUAUUGAUUAUCAAUCAAAGGGUGGGUUAGAAACUAGUUCUGAUAUUGAGGGGAAACGUGUUAGAAAUCCAUCUAAGAGUGUUAUUGCUGGUGGAACGAAACGAGGUUGGACUGACAUUGCAGCGGCCAUUCUGUGGCGGCAAAUGAUAGGAAUUUUAGGGAACGUCAAUGACAUAAAAAAGCCAAAUAUCCAUUGUGAGGCUGUAAAGUGUUUGGCGGAGGUCUGGGAGGCUCUUUAUAAGGUCAAGCAAAACCAAGGCAUUGUGUUGGAAGAUGGAACACCAGUUGUUGAUGUGGUCUACUCACCUCCUCUGUUUGCUAUAGCACCAUUAGUAUUCCAGGCUGCUGGAAAAUCAGUUGAAUAUAAAGCUGGCAGGUUAGUUGCAUACAAAUUGAUGUGUGACAUGACGGUGAAGAGACACGAUGUGCCACCUUCCUCACAUCAUCUUGAUCAUUUCUAUCGCUUGAUUCAAGCUGGUUUAAGACUGCAAGACCAGGAUUUCUUGGCUGCUAUUUUUUCUCACAGUUACAAGAUCUUCUCUCUGCCCUUCCCAGGAGUAACUGUUACUAUUCCUGAUUACAUAGAAGCAGCGGAUCGAAUGCUCAGUUCAACAGGAGUCAGUCCAGAUGUUCCUCGACUUCCUGCUUUAGCUGCAACUGGCUCCUUGCUGUUUUUUCCUCGGCUUUAUAAUGGAGUUGCUGUUGAAGGAUGCAUGGGCACAGACGACCAUUCAGUGACUUUUCAAACUAUUGAGAACAAGUUGAUUGACUUUUUUGUUAAAUCUGCAAGGGAUGAGAAGUCAAGGAUGGCAAGGUGUCUGGCUGUGUCGGUUGUUGGCUUGUUUGUCUACUCAGAGCUUGCUCACAAAAAUCUUCAUUCUAAACUGAAUGAGAGCUUACAAGUCAUUCUGAACAGUCUGAUGGUUCCCGAGAAGUUGGUUGCAUUGGUCACCAUUGACAUGAUCCACUUACUCGGUGGUGUUAUGAACAACAUGCUGGAGUUGCAGCCAAGUUUGCCAGGGCUGAUUGUAGAGGUCGUUGCGUACACACUUAGUGUAUUGCUGGUUGAUAGAUGUGGCGAUGAGAAUGAACAGAAGAUUGUUGUUGCCAUGUUGACUUGUUUAUUGGACUUGUUCAUGCUGCUUCCGCUUAACAUUGUGUCUAUGCCUGCAAGAGCAGAAACAGGAAUCACACUUCGUGGAAUCGUUUUUCAGGUAUUUUCUGCAGCUGCUACAAGCUCUCCUGUUUCAUUUGAUGCUAAAACAAGCAGGAAAUUGCUUCUAACCCAGUUGUCUGCAACAAAUACUUUUCCUACAAUUGUUUCUGUUCCCAAUGUAAAAAAGACGUCGGUUAGUCCUCCUCGCAGUGCUCCUCCUGUGGGUUCUCCAGCAAAAGCGUUCACUUUUCCCUCUUUUCCUAGUGAUGUUGUUAAAUUAACUGCUAGAUCAUGUCUCUCUCGACUGUCUGUAUUAUAUGGUCAUUAUCCUUUUGCAUGUGGUGCUGCUCAAAUUAGCAGUCGGCUGUCAGAGAGAGAUGAUAAUCCUGCUUGUGAAGGAACUACCGACACUGAACUCUCAAAUGUCCUUUUCAACUCACCCAACGUGCAGUUCUUGUCAUACCAGAACAACACAAUAAUUACUGUCAUUGAGCUGCCUGGAGAGGAUAAGAAUACUCGUGAGUGUCGGGUUAUUACUCGAGAUAUGACUGGAAAGUUCUCUUGGGAUGUCCAGUUGUUGCACAGCACUGUACCUCUUCCCAGUGCACCCUACGCAGGUGUUGUCAGUGAUCUGGAUGAUCAGUUUGUGAAGUCAAAAGGAGACCGUCGAUCUCUUCAAAAACCUGUCAGUGUCUGUCGUUCGGUACCUCAAUUUCCAGAUCCACUCGUUUUGCCAACACACAAGAAUGUGAACAAUCCAGAUGCUGACUUACUGGACAGGCUGCUUGUUCACAUUGGUGCUACGAGCCUUGAAUGUGUUGCUGACACUGAACGACAGUUGAAUCAUCCCGAUGCUCCUCCUGUUAUAUUCAAGAAUGAGCUGCAGUCAGGACUAAUUGAUGUUCUUCAUGCACAAGAUUUUGCUGAGAAGGACAAUUACGUCGAGUCACAGAAGGAGCUAGUAAUGGUAGCUGAAGCAGCACAUCCUUCUGUGCACAAGUCGCCAUUGUCACCAUUUUAUCAUUGUCAACUUUUGUUGAGCUACAUGGGACUGUUGUCGUGGGAGCAACGGAGCAAAGUGGAACUGCUGAAAAAGCAAGAUGCUUUGCUGCGAGAAUUAAAGCAUUUGGAUCAGCGACGAUGGUGUGUAGUGUGCACUUCUUUACCUGACUACUUAUUAUGCAUUACUUGUCCGUCGUUUAGUCGAGAAACACACAAGAUCGCUGUUUUGUAUGUUGGUCGAGGGCAAGAAGACAAGCAGUCGAUAAUGGGGAAUUCACGAGGAAGUCGACUUUUCGAAGAGUUUGUAGCCGGUCUGGCUUGGGAGGUUGACUUGGGUAAUCAUCCAGGUUUUAUGGGUGGUUUGCCACGUAAUCAGACAACGGGCAGCACAGCUCCUUAUUAUGCCACACCGAGCGUCGAGGUCAUUUUCCAUGUGGCCACUCGAUUUCCCGUCAACGGGGAGGGUACACAGUGGUUGCUGAACAAAGUCAGACAUCUUGGCAACGAUGAGAUUCAGAUUGUGUGGAGCGAGCACACACGUGAUUACCGCGGAGAGAUUAUAAAGACGCAAUUUGGCGACGUCUACAUUGUCAUUUAUCCUCUUCCCAACAGCUUGUUCCGAAUACAAAUCAUAAAAAAGCCUGAAGUGCACUUUUUCGGUCCGCUGUUUGAUGGUGCGAUAGUUGACAUGCUGACUUUGCCGCAUCUUGUACGAGAGACUGCGUUGAAUGCCAGCAGAGCUAAACGGUCGCAGAUGAGUUACUACCAGCAAUGGUUUGAAGACAGAGCGAAUUACUUGGAGAACACAAUCAACAAGCUUCGUCGUGACACAACCUUUGAAGAGUUCAUGACAUCGGUCGUGCGUCCUGCUGCUUUCGUUUCCGAGGAGGCAACCAUUCCCGUCGUGACCGUCACCAGCAGUGAAGAAGGCAGAGGUAGGAGUCGUAAUCGUUCGCAAUGGUCACCGCUGGCUUCGUCGGAACAAGAUGAAACAGACACAAGUCCGGGUGGCGGGCCGUUUCGACAGAGAGCCAAUACUUUUACACACGGUGAUCGAUUACGCCAUCCGUCACCACUAGCAAGACUAGGGAAGUUGCUUGAUCGAAACGACCAGUUGUCUUUACCCGACGGACUCAACAAGGCAGGCAGUCCGUCGUCACCUUCCACUAAACAACGUCGCAGCAGUUCGGAUAGAGCGAAACGGAUCGUCUGAUCAACUGAAGCUAAGCAUUCAGUCCGUGUGUAGAUGAAGUUAUUUAGCUGCCGCCGGCACCAGCUGAUUUGACGGCAAUAAUUAAAAUUUAGUUAUACGGAAGAUACGCACCGAACGCUUUGAGGCACUCAAAUGUUGCCGUAGAGGCUCAGUUUUUAUCGAGACGAUGCAAUAUUAUAGAAAAUAACUACUUUCUAGUUCAUAUUGCAUUCGGAUGUCUCGAAAUUGGACAAAGAAUCGGAAGUGAAGCAGUACAUAUAAUUAUCUUUUUUGUUACAAAAUCUCGUGUUACACAAUUGCAGUAGAGUUUCUGCUGACGAUGCAGUAAAGCGUGUGACGUUUGUC